AUGGAAUCCACGAUCGUCCUUGUCACUGGUGCCAAUCGCCGAAUUGGAAAAGGGAUACUGGAGCUAUAUCUCAAGAAGCCCAACCACACUGUUAUCGCUGCGCUUCGGGACCCAAGCCAUUCGUCUUCCAAGGCUUUAGCCGACCUUCCCAAGGCAGAGGGCACAUCUCUGCUAACGAUCAAGAUCGAUGCAACAUCCCUGACCCACUUUCCUGCUGCCGUGGAAGAGCUGGCCAGCAAAGGGAUUGACCAUAUUGAUAUCAUUGUUGCCAAUGCUGGCAUUGCCAUCUCGUGGCCUACGGUAUCAGAGGUGAAGAUUGAGGAUAUUCAGAAGCAUGUCGAAGUCAAUAUUUACGGCUUUGUGUCACUUUACCAAGCUUUCAGAGCUCUUCUGAAGGGGUCCAAGCACCCUAAAUGGGUGACUAUUGGUUCGAGUUCUGCGUUGUUGACGAAGAAUUUUCCGGACUUCAUUCCUAUGCGGAAUGCGUCAUACGCCCCGACCAAAGCCGUUCAGCAUUGGUACACGAAGGCAAUUUCUGCUGAAGAUCCCUGGCUAAACGCGUUUGUCAUUGACCCUGGUUGGGUUCAGACAGAUCUUGGUAACCGUGGUGCCGAUACUUUCGGAUUCGAAAAGGCUGCCAUUACUGUGGAAGAGAGUGCUAGUGGAGUGGUCAAUGUGAUUGAUGUCUCUACUUUGGAGACUCAUAGCGGGAAGCCCUUCAGAUACGAUGGCAGUGAAAAAGCAUGGUAG